UUUUCGUCAUACUGCCAACCGAGCCUCAUAGCAAGCACGACGACAUCACAGCUUCUGAUUAAGUAGAACAGAACAAGGAAAGAAUAUCGUGAGAUUCCUCUAUCUACAUACGCGCCGCCUGUCAAUCUUCCACUCCAUCCGCCAUGGCCUCGUCCGACGAGCCACAGUCCCUCAGAGCCGUCUUCGAAGCUGCCGAGUCAAAACGAGAAGAAGUCAACGACGCCCCGAUUGCCACCUCUCCCAAAUAUGCAGAAGAUCUCGCAGCGGCGCUGAAGCUAUACGCACAAGCCAUCAACCAAAUAUCUGCGGUGUCGCUCUUCUCAACCAACGAGGGCAUUGAGGAUGUCGCGACGACGUCACUGCCGUAUCUGCUAGUGGACUUUUACAUCGCCGAGCUGGUACAACGGACGCCGCAUCUGGCACCGAAGGAGCGUCUCCAAGUCCUUGGCCAAUCGAGAUCCGCAUACGAGAGGUUCCUCAGCUUAGUGGAUGGGUAUGGCUUGGUUAGGGGAUCGUACAGCAAGCUCCUGGAACGGUAUCGCGACGACGAGGAUGCCUUUGCGGUCGUCGCCGGCACAGACAUGGCCGCCAAGAGAGAAGGCAAGAUUGCAAACUUCAAGGCCGAGAAGGCACUCAAGGACAAGCUCCAGAUACUGAAGCGCAACCCGCGAUAUCUGGAACACGGCGACGAGGAGCUCGUGCGCGAAGUGCACCUCACCAGCAUCGAGUUCGCCAUCCACAACACCUUCCAGGCUCUCGACUCGCUCAACAGAGAACUGCCGCUGCUCCGGUCCGCCCCGUCACCAACCGCCGCGCCGCAAUCUUCCUCGGGCAGCGAUCCCACCGACACGUCCUUCCGCCUCGACCAGCCUCUCAGCCGGAUGCGCCCGGGCGGCGGCGGUCCCAUCCUUGGGCCAAAAGGCCAGCCUCUACAGCCCUUUACGAUUGUCGGCUCGCGCGCCGAUCUCGCCCGAGGGGUCUUCCGCCCAGGCCAUAACUUGCCUACCAUGUCGAUAGACGAGUACCUCGAGGAGGAGCGUAAGCGGGGCGGCAUCAUCGAGGGUGGCGGGACGGAGCCUCCGAAGCGACAAGUCGAUGAGGAUGAUAUGGAGGCGGUGGAUAUGGAGACGUAUAAGGCGAGGCAGUGGGAUGAUUUCAAAGAUGAUAACAGGAAAGGAUCGGGAAAUACGCUGAAUAUGGGCUAAAGGAGAAUGGAAAGGGGGGGGGGGGGG